CGACAUGAGCGUCCUGCGCAAGGCCAAGGCCGAGGCAAAGGCCGAAGAGAAGGUUGAGAAGGAGCUAGCAAAGGCAAGAGUGGAGGUGGCUCAUGAGGUAAGACUAGCAAAAGAGGCGGAAGCUGAAAUGGAUCUUCAUGUGGCCAGAGCUGGAAUGAUUGCUGAGAAUGAAAUGGCUACGUAUGCCAAUAAUCCUCCCACUUCCUUUGUACCUUCCGCCGCCGCCGCCGCCGCCGCCGCCGCCAACAUUUCCAUGGCUUCCGGCAUGGCACUGGACGGAACCCCCUGCACCAUCUACAUGGCCGGAACUCCUGCCUCUAAGAAGUUACUGUAGUUAAAUUUUCUUACUCUCAAAAACUAAUAAUUUUU